AUGGUAAAGUAUGAGCUGGGCUAUUCUGGAGUCUUGCACCACAGUGUCACCAGGCCCAAAAGGUGCCAGAAGAAUAAGUUCAACUGUACUAGAAGAGCUCAGUGCCCAGGAACCAAUGUCAGCUCUGUACAGAUACAAGGUGAUGCUGAUUAUUUCAUCAACCAUCUUGGAGUUCCAACUGUGCAGUUUGCUUAUGAGGACAUCAAAGCAUUAGAGAGCCCAAGUUUUCUCUCUGAAGCCAUUUUUCCUAAACAUGCAACAAAAAUUGAAGAAGUUGAUCCAUCUUUCAAGCUCCAUGAAGUCAUUACUAAGCUCUCAGGAGAAGUAAUUUUACAAAUCGCCAGUGAACCUGUUCUGCCCUUCAGUGCCCUUGAUAUAGCCUUAGGAGUUCAAAAUAGCCUUAAAGGUGAUGAGCCCAGUGUCCCUCACCUGCUUGCGAUGGCAGCACUCCUGAGGGAAAGUGCUGAACUCUUCCAGUCAGAUGAGAUGCGGCCUGCUAAUGACCCAAAGGAGAGAGCUCCCAGCCGUGUCCGAAUGCUGAAUGACAUCCUUCAAGACUUGGAGAAGAACUUCCUGGUUGAGCAAGUGCCACCAGGUUUUUAUAGGUAG